CCUGCCUUUCAGGUGAGGCUGAACCCACCUGGACCCUCCCCCAGCCUGCCUUUCAGGUGAGGCUGGACUCACAGGAGGAGUGACUCACCUGUCCCCUCCCCCAGCCUGCCUGCCUGCCUCCCUCCUCCCAGGUGUCCCGUCCCUGACGUAUUGUGGGUGUCUCACUUGGCCAACUCCACACCAGGAAAUACCUUCACCCCCCCAUAAGACUACACUGCUUCUGACCUCUGACCCCUGCACCUUGAACCCAGCACAGGGGAGAAGAAUGUAAGUUUACUUUGAUCCCCCUUAAAUCUUCCCAGGUAACACAGGUAAAGCCAGAAAUUCCUUUAAUCUUUCCCUACACCCCCUCCCUCCCUCCCUUCCUUCCAUGCCUCCUUCCAAGUGUGAGGCAGCUUUUAAUCCUAUAGCUGUCAGGGGUCCCCUGUAACUCAUCACAGACUCAAAGGGUUAAUAUUUUCUGUAAGGCUUUCUAAGCAUAUCUAUAACCCCCUAUCACUGUUUUGUUUUUUUCCUUUUUGUGACAAAGUUAAUGUCUACAAUUUCACCACCAAGUCAGCUGUGAAAUGUAACUGUGAUUUAAUGCAAUAUUUAAUGCAGGUAUGACGGCUAAAGUAAGUCGUUAAAAGUCCACAUUUUAAUUUUAAGAGCAAUGCAAGUAAUGUGCAGCAUUAAAUCGAUGGGGGUCAUAUGGCUAACUUUAUUAAUUUGCUACUCUGUACCGCAUUCUUAUAUGUAAAUAUCAUUAACUAGCCUUGUCGCCUUCGUUUCGGGGAGCUCAGAGCUUGUCAGCAUCUCCGCCUGAUUUAGGGUGAUUUUAGGGAAUUUUUCUAACUUUAUUUAUUUUUAUACACCACAAAUGUCACGAUUUUGAUCUAAAAAAAUUAGAUUUUAAAAAGUGGUGGCAUUGGGUACAAAUAAGUAGAAAAGAAAAAAAAAUCUUUAAAUUCCUAAAAAUUCUCACUUUAGUGAAUGUGCCUAAUUAUGGAGAGAUUUUCGUAACCCCCCACCCUCAACAUACGCGUUCUGGGAUGUGGGCCACCGUGGGCUGUGUAAAAGAAUCAUGUAACUGGCAUGGGGUGCGAAGGGUCAGUCUGAAGAAUUGGCAAACCACCCGAGCAUGAAUGAUGCCUGGCUGCUGCCAAUCAGGGUUAUUUACUAACCUGGGAAUUCAAAGUGUAUUUUAAGGCCAGAGCAGCUGAACUGAAGGCAUCGCUGAACUUUUCCAGUUUGAUUGUUUUAAUCUUAAAUUUAAAAGUCACUUUGAAUUUUCUCAUUGGUAAAUAACCUUGUUUGUUUAGAAAUCUGCGAGGUUUGUUUACAAAACUGAAAAACUUCUCCAAGCAAGCUACGUUUUUAAGUUGCUUUUCUGACAUAAAACUUGCAAUGACUUUGGAUUCUCCACAAUUCACGCUUCAGUAAAUAAUUUAUUCUGAUGGUUAAGCUUGAAAGGUGGCUGAGUGUGCUGGGUGUAGUAGUCUGCGAAGGCAGGAGUGUCUGUUUUUGCUGAUGUCUGGGUGUUAUUGGUCAUUGUUCAGUAGAACGUGCUUAGUCAGCGUGCUAUUUCCAUGAUUCAUGGCUUUGUCCCAGGCUGCACGUAUGUGGAGACACUGUGCACUGAUUUUAGGCAGGGUCAUAUUUUCUGAAUAAUCCACCUGAUUCUCACUGUGUGAUUUUGGAUAAAAUUCCUGUCCCGGGGGAAUACUGUAGGGUAAAUCUGCUUCACUGCGAGUCCCAGAGAAGUGACCCUGUCUUGUUACGUAGGUAGGUUAAAUGUACCUUCCGCGUUGUAUGUUACUUUGCCUCCCCAUAAUACCCUGGGCAAUUCAUGUUUUGCAUUUUCUGUAAAAGCGCAGUAUGUGUGCAAGAGUCAUACAUGCAACUCUAAAAAAGGAUUAAAGGAACACUAUAAACACCAUGACCACCGCAACACACUGAGUGUCUUGGCAUCCUCCCACAGUAAGUAGUCAAAUGGUUUGAAAAUUUACAUGGGGUCCGCUGAGGGUGUGCCCUUGCUGGUUCUGAAAUCGGAAGCCCCUGUACUGAGCCAAACCUUGAGGUGCCGAGCCACACUGAUUGGCUGAGAGUGCUCCGCUGACGCCCUUCGACAAAUAGCUGGCCGUAUACGCAAGGCCUGGCUUGGUGGAGCUAAUCGUAACUCCUUGCAGGAGACAGACAGGUACUCUGUGGACCCCAGAUUAGUUUCAUAAACCAUUCUGAAACUGUUUAAUUACUUACUAUAACCACUACUGGGUGCACUUGUCGUGUUCCUGCAACUAAUUUACAUGUUAUCUAAAUUUAAAAGCCCGCUAAUAAGAUUAAAAAAAAUAAACCAGAAAAAGCACAAUCAAUAGAUAUAUGGUUGUACAAAAACGUCAUUAAAGUUCCACUUAGACUCAAACUAACAGAUUUAAUGCACACUGUGAGAGUUAAAUAAAUACCUACAUUCUUACCAGAUUAUUAGCUCUGGCUAAACUCUUGUUCCUGCUACAUCCCCACAACCUUGGCCAAGCAGCUCAAAUUUCAAGCUCUUUGGGGGUCUCCCGGUAGAAAUAUAAUUGUUUACCCCGUACACCCAUAUCCAACCACACAGAAGGUUUAUAUUUCGUAUGAGGUCAUUUUGUUGCAUUUAUGACAUUCUAGUUACUCCAGAUCAUGCAGGUACUUCAGUGAUAAAACUCUUACCUUCUAUUGUAGCACAAUAUAAUAACUCCAUGGCUCUGAAAAAGUCAGUAAAAAAUAUAGUUUCGUCCACCUUAUAUAAAACGAAUGACGCAUGUCAAAAAUGUCUGUGUUUAUGUGAACUGCAUGUCAUGCAGAAUAUUUUUUUUUUUUUUAAAUCAACAAAAAACUGGUUUGUUGUAAAGAAGAAUUUAGUGCACUAAUGGCCUGUACGGGACAUUUUUAAACCAUUAGUAGAAACCUUUCUAAACAGGGCUCUUCAAAUCCUUCUCAUUGAGCUGUAAUGCUGUCACAGAACGUCUAUGGGAGGGCUUGCUGUAGCUUCAGAUACUAGAUCUGCAGCUAUUUAUUGUAUACGAAGAUGUCAUACACCCGCAAAGACAGCCUUCAAAAUCAAUUACAUGCACAUUUUAUUGGGGGAUGGUAUAUCUAUUGUAUUACUUUAAAAGUCGAGUGCAGCUCAGAGGUAAAGUAGGCAUGCUCUGCUUAUAAUGAGGUAUGUUCACCUAUUUAUCUUAAUGCACCCGAAGUACAUCGUUUCUGUAAGCUGAGAUAUAGUCAUAAUGCCAUUAACCUGUGACUAGUUUCCUUGCUGCAUAUUUUUUUUGGGUGAUUUGUGAUGUAUAUCUUUAGUCCUUCUCUCUCUUACUGAAGUUUUUGUUUUUUUUGUUGAAGAUGGAGUGAUCAUGGACUCGGAAGGAGGGUACGAGACAGUACAGGAGGAUGAGAGGUGCCAUCUUGGCAGAGGCAGGAGUGUCACACAUCAACAAAAUAUAGUUCAACCAAGCCAGGGUGCUGCAGAGACUUCUGGAAGAGAUGAAACAAUCAUGGAAUCUACAGACUUUCUUUUGGAUGAUAAUGGGCGGGGUAUUGAGAGUAACCUUGUGGGCAACAUAGGAAUACUAAAUACAGUAACUGGAAAUUAUGAAGUCCAGGCCACCGGCCAGCCACGUGAGCUCCAUCCAACCAGAGAUAUCACCGGCCGGCCAUGUGACCUCUCUCCAAACAGUGAUUUAAGAGAAAAUGUACACACUAAAAGUUAUCUAGACAACCUGGAGAUGGUCUGUGGUGAAACGGAGCUAGGCAAUGAGGAAGAAAAGACUGUUAACAAAGAGACAGUGAAAGUCCUGGUGGAACCACAGAGUGUUAUUGAGACCGAUAGUGAGGAGAGUGAAGAUUGGGAGACAGCCAGUGAGGAGAAUUUUACUUUUGGGGAUGAAACAGAGGCUAUAAAUAUAGAGCCCUCAAGUGCUGAGUUAGAGAUAGCCAGUGAGGAAUGUAAAGAAGACACUAUAAUGAAACAGUCCAAGAUUAAUGAGGCAUCCAUUGAACAGACAAAUAAAGCCAGAGUGGAGACUGAUUGUGAAGAUAACAGUACUUCUCAGAGUAAUUAUAAUGAAACAGAGGCUGUCCAUAAAGAGACCAUUUGGGAGGUUGCUAAGGCUGACUGUGAAGAUACAGUAGAAGAGGUUACUAAGGCUGACUGUGAAGGCACAGUUGACGUUGACAGCAGAGACACAGCCAGGGAAGUAACUGAAGCUAACAGCAAGGAGACAGUCAAGGAGGUUAUCAAAGCUGACCGCAAGAACACAACUGGGGAGGUUACCGAGGUUCAAAGCAAAGAUAACGCCAGGGAGAUGACCAAAGAAGAUAAAAAAGAGACAGUUAAGGAGAUGGCUGGAGAUUAUUGCAAGAACACCAUCAAGGAAGUGAUGGUGGAUGACCGCAUGGAGACAACCAAGGAAAUGACAGAGGCUGGCAGCAACGAGACAUCAACGCAAGUCCCCAGAGAAGACGGCAAGCAGGCAUCCGAAGAAGUGAUCGAGGCUGGCAGCCAUGAGAUAUCGGAGGAAGUGAUCAAGGCUGGUGGCCAAGAGGCAUCUGAGGAAGUGAUCGAGGCUGGUGGCCAAGAGGCAUCUGAGGAAGUGAUCGAGGCUGGUGGCCAAGAGGCAUCUGAGGAAGUGAUCGAGGCUGGUGGCCAAGAGGCAUCUGAGGAAGUGAUCGAGGCUGGUGGCCAAGAGGCAUCUGAGGAAGUGAUCGAGGCUGGUGGCCAUGAGAUAUCGGAGGAAGUGAUUGAAACUGGUGGCCAAGAGGCAUCUGAGGAAGUGAUCGAGGCUGGUGGCCAAGAGGCAUCUGAGGAAGUGAUCGAGGCUGGUGGCCAAGAGGCAUCUGAGGAAGUGAUCGAGGCUGGUGGCCAAGAGGCAUCUGAGGAAGUGAUCGAGGCUGGUGGCCAAGAGGCAUCUGAGGAAGUGAACGAGGCUGGCGGCCAAGAGGUAUCUGAGCAAGUGAUCGAGGCUGGCGGCCAAGAGGCACCGGAGGAAGUGAUCGAGGCUGGCGGCCAAGAGGCACCGGAGGAAGUGAUCGAGGCUGGCGGCCAAGAGGCACCGGAGGAAGAGAUCGAGGCUGGCGGCCAAGAGGCACCGGAGGAAGUGAUCGAGGCUGGCGGCCAAGAGGCACCGGAGGAAGUGAUCGAGGCUGGCGGCCAAGAGGCACCGGAGGAAGUGAUCGAGGCUGGCGGCCAAGAGGCACCGGAGGAAGUGAUCGAGGCUGGCGGCCAAGAGGCACCGGAGGAAGUGAUCGAGGCUGGCGGCCAAGAGGCACCGGAGGAAGUGAUCGAGGCUGGCGGCCAAGAGGCACCGGAGGAAGUGAUCGAGGCUGGCAUUAAGACUGCUGGCAGUGAGGAUAUUGACAGAGAGACAGACCAGGACAGAGACACACUUUGCGCAGAGACAAGUGUUGAUGACUUAAAGAAAGAAGAGGUGAUUAGUAAAGAGACACAGACCGUAAUUGAAGUAAAUAUGGUACAGUCUGGUAUAUUAACAGAACUGAGACAGGCCAGCAAUGAAAAAAAUGAGCCGGUCUUACAAGAAACAUCUCACCAGAAAUUAGAUUUGGAGGUUAGUGCAGAAGAAUGGGAAAUAAAAGAUGAAUAUGGAGAUUAUCUGGUUGUUGCAGAGAGUGUAGACUCUGGAAAUAAAAGUCCAGUUGAGACUUCAGCAGAGGUCCCUUACACUGUGUGGAGACCAGGAGAUGAACUCAAUGAAGACUUUAUAAGUGAAAGAAAGCUGGACUUAGUGUUGGCGGAGACACAAAGUGGUGAUAAAGAGAUAGACAUGGAGGUUACUGAAAGUGAUGCAGUCAUUCAAAACAGAGAAAUGCAUACUGAAGAAGUCCAAGACGAAAGCAAAAAACAAACGUCAAUUGGAGAGAGGGACAAAACUGAAAAUGAGGUUUUAUUUGAGAAUGAGCAAAAACGAACUAGUAAACAGUUAUUGAUGGGGCUAAGACAAUUGGCAGAUAAGACUGACCAGCAGACUCAAAAUGUUGCAAGUGAGGGAGCCAUUUAUAGCUCUGACUCUACUAAUUUGGGAAAGUUGGAAGAGUUUGUAUCGUCUGAUCUCCGUUCUCAGUCUCCUACUCCUGAGAGCAAUGUGCUUGAAAAAACGCAAAAAGAGGAUGUUGUACUGUGGUAUUCUGAUGGACAGUCUGUAAGUGUGGCUCAGUCCCCAGACUUUAUCAAUGUAGAUGAAAUUAAGCUGAAUCCAGAAAAUCUACAAGUGGACCUGGAGGGAAACGUGCACACAUCUGGGGUGGUUCAAAGCAGUCAGACUUGUAAAAGUAAGUUUCAGGUUCUAGGAGAUAUUUCCCAGGAUGUUGGUACAUCAAUUGAAGGUACAAUGUUGCAUCCUAUUUUAGAGGAUACACACAAUACAUAUUUACAACCAGAAUACCAGACUGGCUUGAAACAGAUUGAAGAAAUGUUUUCCCAAAAGACGAUGGGCAGCAUCACUCAUCAGCAUCAUAUGUCAAAUGAAAAUGUCUAUCACAAACCUAAUGAAGGCAAUGUUGUAAAGAUAAAGGAUAUAGAGACAUGUGAAUCUAGUACACAAAAUGUUCUAAGUCAGGAGAAUAAUCCAUACCGCGGCAGUGAACUGGAGGUAGAAAGUGGCCACCUUCAAUUUGGUGUUCUUAGUGAGUGUCCUAUCACAAAUGAUACAACCCAGAUUCUAAAACAUCCUGACAAUAUUUUGAAUUUUCCUGCUCUACAGACCACCGAUUCACAGUCAACUGUAACUAAGAGGGAAGUGGUGAAAACCACAGGAAGUCCUAUUUUCAGUACCAAUAUUGCUAAUGCAGAUGGUAGUACUCUUAAAGAACCCAAUACUGACAAUACAGCUAGGGAUACAUUAUCAAGAACUAAGUUCACUUUCUGCCCCAUGCAGAUAUUUAACCCAACACUACUUCUCAGUCAUAGUCCAGAGGAACCUGGAUUUUACUCAGAAGGACAAGUCACAGAGGGGCUGAAGGAUCUUACCAAAUAUGCAAUUGGAUCUCUACCUGAAGAGGAAAGCCAAAAUCCACUGAUAACGAGCCAGUUUAGUAAUCAUCCCAGUGAAUCUGGUGAAACCAGUGAUUCUGAUGAAAGCACUACCAUAAAACAACCCAAAGGUCAGUAUGUUUCUCCUUUGUGGCUGCCUCCUCGUCCUUCCCGCUAUGUGGCUAAUUCUGAGGCAUCUUCCAAAAGAAGGAAUUAUCCACAAGCUAGGCCAGCAGAAAGCUCUUUGAUGAGGAGAGCCACUGUAAGACACAAAAGGAACAGCUAUGUAGAUCCCAACCAGCCUUACAAGGGAUUUGGUCCUGUGAAUCCUCUUCGUGCACCAAUUCAUUCACAAGAAACCAGAAGCAAUAGUGAACUACAGUCUGGGCCCAAGAGUUCACCACAAACUGGCACUCUGAUUCGACAGUCCAAGAUUUCAGAAGAUGCACCGUCUGUAUUUGGGUAUCCCAGGAACAAAGCCCCCAUGGACAUGUUAAAUGGUAAGUUGAAGACCAUGUUAUGUUUCUCUGCAGAAAAGGUUCUAGGUUUUUUUCCAUUCAGUUUUUGAUUGGACUCUUUCCCGGCUCAAUAUUUAUGAAUUUCCUCAGCUGUGUUCAAAUACGGAUAUCCAUGAACCCUGGAAUAUUAAUUACACGUUUGAAGAACACACUCAUAGUUUAUCAGGUAUUAUUUCUGCCAUUAUUUAAAUGGCUAAUGCAAACAAAAGUGUUUUAAGAAUAUACUGUUUUUGGUCAGGGUUACCCUUCCUAUCCUGGACUCCCCUCCCCAAUUAAAUUUAUUAAAUUAAAUUUAUUAAAAUGUACCUCUGUUCCAGUGCUGAGCCCAAUCCUCUAGUGAUGUCACUCCCCCCUUGAUGGGUGUCAGGGAGGAUGGGCUCAGGGGAGGACAUGUGCCACACAGAAGGGAGUAUGCUGCCAUUGACUGUCGCUAGCGUGCUGACUGCGUGCUCCAAACAUGCCCAGAACUGACCAUAGCCAGCUGUUACCCUUGCAUAGAGCUGGUUAAUGAUGCCCCAGUGACACUGAUCAUACAGACUCCAGGCACCAUGACCACUGCAAAUCACUGAGUUACCCUUUAACUACAUUGUAACAUUGUCCAAAUGCUUGAGGAAGAAAAUGUUUUCGGGAGUCAUUAGCAAGAUUUUAGGCUUAAAGAGCUACUGCUGCUCAAUCUAACUUGCAGCUGCCGUGAUUGCUGCGUGUGAACCUGCGGCAGCCGCAAGUUGGAUUUAUCAGCAGUUUGUACGAUAACUGUAAAGUCAGCUAAAAACCUUAAUUUUCAUAAAGAAGAUAGAUAUAUGUAAUUUAGAAAAAGAUAUAUAUAUCAUUGCGUUUCUUAUAUGCAACUGUUGUCGUUUUGUGAAAGCAUUUUCCUUGGAGGCUGAGUGGGCUCACAUUGAUCUGGUUUUUGUUUUUGGGGGGGGGGGUUUGGUUUUUUUUUUUUGUGUGUUUGGUUAAAUAUACAAAUCCUAUAUUUUAUUAUUGACCAAUUUUUCAUUUCAUAAACAUGAGAAUUGCAAUCUGAUUGAAAUAUGGUAAUUGUUUACAGAAUAUUGUCAUUCCAGACACAAUUUGGUGUUUAGUUAAUGACGCCUCAGGCUCGACAUCAGAAUCCUCCCAGAUAUUCUAAUGAUUGAACGUGUGUAUGUGAUACAGGGCUUAACAUUUGAAGUCCUUUUGAUUUUAGCCAGGCCUUAAGUUACUUGCCACUGCAUGUUAUAGCAUUCUUACUGAGGGUGAUUUUUCACUCUCCAGUGGCCACUGGAAAAUUUAAACUCUGUGUGUGUGUAUUGAUCAGCCACAACAUUAAAACACCUGCCUAAUAUCAUUUCUGUCCCAAUCAUACUUCCAAAACUCUACAAGACCUUUGAACGUGUCCUGUGGUAUCUGGCAUCAGGGUUAUGGUCCCAAGGUACUUUGAUGCAAGUCUGAAGCAGGUCUUUUUGUACAGAAGAGCUACUGUAGCUCAAAUUUCUGAAAAUAGUAAUGCUAGCCAUGAUGGAAAGGUGUCAGGUGAACACAGUGCAUUGCAGUUUGCUGUGUAUGGAGCUGCAUAGCCACGUACCAUUCAAAGUGACCAUAAAAACCCCUAUCCACUGCUGAAAGUAGUUAAAAUCUCUUUUAAUGGGGACAUGAGCACCAGAACUGGAACAUGUUCUGAUGAAUCACGUUUUCUUUUAGACCUGGUGGAAGACAGUUUGUGUGCAUUGUGUACUUCAGAGGAGAGAUGGUAACAGGAUGCACUAUGGAAUUUAGUAGGCAGCAAGUGAACAGUCCGUUCUUGAAUUUCAUGUGUUGGAAGCAGGAAAAAUGGGCAAGGGAAAAGAUCUGAGUGACUAUGACAAGAGCCAUGGCUAGAUAACUAGGUCAGAGCAUCUCCAAAUUGGCAAGUCUUGUGGAGUGUCCCCAGUAUGCAGUGGUUACUAACUACCAAAAGUGGUGCAAGAAAGGACCACAGGUAAAAAGGCAUCUGGGUCAUGAGCGUCCAAGGCUCAUUGAUGCACAUCGGGAGCGAAGGCUAGCCUGCUUGUCCGAUCACACUGAAGAUACUGUAACUAAAAUUGCUGAAAAACCUAAUGCUGGCCAUGAACGAAAGGUGUCGGAACACACAUUGUAUCGCAGUUUGCUUUGUAUGGGGCUGCAUGGCUCAGACCAAUCAGAGUGCUGAUAAUGACUUUUGUGUGUUCUGCUUGAGAAUCUUGGGUCCUGGCAUUCUCGUGCAUGUUAUUUUGACAUGUACCAUCUACCUACAGAUUGUUGCAAACCAGGUACUGCCCUUAAUGGCAAUGUGUGCCCUCUUUUGGCAGGAUAAUGCAUCCUGCCACACUACAAAAUUGUUCAGGAAUGGUUUGAGGAACAUGACAGUUGUCCUCCAAAUUUCCCAGAUCUCAAUCUAGUUAAGCAUCUGUGGGAUGUGCUGGAACAUUAAUUCAAACCAUGGAGGCCCCACCUCGCAACUUGAAGGACUUAAAAGACCUGCCACUAAUGCCUUGGUGUCAGAUACCACAGGACACAUUCAGAGGUCUUGUGAAGUCCAUGCCUCAACGCUCAGAGCUGUUUUUGGCAGCACAAAGGGGAACUACACCAUAUUAGGCAGGAGGUUUCAGUGUUGUGGCCGAUCUGUGUGUAUGUAGUAUUAGCCCUGUGUAUAUUGCUUAAUAAAAUAAAAGAAAUUAUACAGCAGCAUGUGGCAUUUAGUAGUAAAUAUGAAACAUCUGGUGAAUAUUGCUCAUAUGAAUUAAAUGUUGUUUUUCUGAUUUUACGUACAAUGAGAGCCUUGAGACCUAGACCAGCAGGAUCAAGCUUUCCAUUUAAAACAACGUGGUUUUGGAAACUGUGGUUUUGAUGACCCCCUGAGGCGAUCUACCUACAAUAACUUUGGUCAGAGGUUAUAUUCUUGUACUGUGAUGCAAUGUUCUAUUUUAUGAUUUAUAUUUUAUGUUGCUGCAGAGGAAGAUUCUGUUGUAAAGGAAACGAGGCCAAGAUUCUCGGAGUCUGUUGUCCAAAGGUAGGGCACUGGACGUCCUGUGGUUUUUGGGUGUUUCCUCUUAAGGUUAAACAUUGCAAUUGCAAGAAGAAAAGGGAUGAUGGGUGGCUACUUAAUUAGGCUGAAGAACAGCGGUAGGCAACCUUUGACCCUCCAGAUAUUAUGGUCUACAUCUCCCAUAUUGCUCUAAGAGGCUUAAUACUGGCAAAGCAUCAGGCAAGAUGUAGGUCACAACAUCUGGAGUGCUGUAGGUUACCUACCCCUACUGUAGAAGAUAUAUAAACCUGUCAAUUGAAGGACGCCCACACUGCAGGUUUGACAGGACAUCUACUGUCCGACAUCAGGUCAAACCAUGCAGAAACAAAGAGCAGGUUAAUCCAUGUAAAUUCAAACAAAUGUAGACAAAUGUACAAACCGUGAUCCUUGGACAGCUUUGACUGCAGACCCAACUAGAGCCCCACAAUGCAGAAAACUAGGGUGUUUUCAGGGUUAUUAAAACCAAAUUCAAAGUGGGAAAAAUUCGACAAAUCACCUAUGUUUAUGACUGUUUCGAACUAAAAUGUGUCAUUCUCUUGUAUAUUAUCCUUUCACAGAUACAAUUAUUCUCUGUUAUAGUCUUCAGUAAUUUAACUUUUUUUUUAAAAGUUCGCAGCCUUUAACUUGUGUGAAUAAAGUGCAAACUUCUCUUAUUAUUCCACUGGUUUAUAGUUGGGGUUAAAGAUCAACAAAGCAGAUUAAAAAGAUAUUCAAAUAAAUCACACUGUUCAUAAAAGGAAAGAACAGUGGCUUUUGAUAUUGUGCCCUUCGGUUUCCGUAUGUGACUCACCCAAUAUUAUUCCAAGUUAUGCUGAAUUCUCCAGUUAAGGAGAAAGGGCAAAGUCUGAAUUUAUUCAAGGUGAAUAAUUUCUCACUGCGUCAUAGUAAAUCCUUCCUUAAACUGAGAUUCUUGGCAAGGAGUUACCUUGAUAUGUAUUUCACAGUCUGAUAGUUUAUAUUUUAUUUAUAUAUUUUUUUUUACUAUUUCAUGUUGUUUGUCAGCAGCCGUUUAGUGAAUUAAUAUGUAGAUCUAAUAUAAUAGUGCUCGUUGGAGGCAAUCUGUAAUAGCCUCCUGAGAUGCAGCCCAUAAACUUGUGUCCUCUGUACUAGACAUUUUGUUCACAUGCAUUUCCUUUUAUUCUUUUGAGCUACUCUAUCAAUCCCUACUGUAUUGUAAAGAGGACAUCCUGGGCUUUCCAGUGAUAUGACAUGUGAUAGGCUGGGAUGCUGGCAGGUUGCUCUUCCUUUUCAUAAAAAAUGGAAAGAAAUUGGAAGACCAAUUUUUUUAUUUUUUUAUUUAUUUUUUUCUUCUUCUCAGUUUCCAGGAGGAUAUAGUGGCCAGGGUGAGGCUUCAUGAUGCACACAAUAGACUUGAAUCUCAGUUGAGAAACAGUGACCAGCACUAAUGAAAUGAUAAGCUGGUUCGCAUGACGCUUUUAUGUCCACUGAUGCGAACCGUCCGUGGUCUGCAAGUCUGGCCAACAUAUCCCAGUCCACAAGGACAUUUAAUGCGUUAUAAGAAAAUUAGUUGUGCAAAGCAUCUCAUUUUUUUCCAGGAUCAACAAGGUUUCCUUGUCACCAGAGAAGAGCGGGUGGCUAAAAUAGCUAGUUAUAUCAUGUUUUAUAUAAAAAAAAAAAUCACGCUAACAACCAGUGGAGACCCCCCAAAAAUGCCCAAGAUCCAAUUUUGGGUCCUUAAUCAAAGAGUUUGAAAUCGUGCCGUGUAGUACAUAUCAGAAGUAUAAUAACCGUGCAACUGGAGGUUUCCAACUCUUGGUUUAAGGAUCCAAAUUUGGAUCUCCAAUUCUGCACCUCCUCUUCCAUAUUAGCGAUCCCUUAGUAGAGGUUGUGAAAUAACUAGCAUAAUAUCUUGUCUCUGGAUCAUAGUCUAAGAUGUCAAUACAUGCAGAUCCUGACUAAGACGUUUUAUCUUGCAAACAUUUUCAGUCGUAUAUUUCUGGUACUUUAAUGUAUUUGCAUAUUAAUUAAUUGUAUAUUGACCUUUCUUGUAGAGACAAAAAUUCCCGGGUCCUGAAUCCUCUAUCCGAAGCCACGUGGGAUUUCCAGAGACGCCAGUCAAAGCUCAUCAACAACUGUAGGUUACAAGUUAGACUUUUUCAACUGCCCAAAUACAAAAACUUUUAAAAAUAAAAUUCACUGUUUAAUAGAACCGUGAAAGGAAAACAUGUAUGCAAUAAAUUGUGCAUUUUUUUUCAUUUGGUAUACAUUUAAAAUCAACUUGCAAUAGCUGCAGAUCCCUUGUCUGCAACCUUUGAAAGUGCUCCCCUUCUAAUCCCGCCCAGACUUUCUGUGGCUGUCCAAUCACAGACUCCCAAUACAGCUCAAUGAGAAGUCUUUGCAAGGCAGGUGCUCUGGGCAAUUGCACGGAUCUCCACUGAUCUAACCAAACUAGGAAGUCACAGGACUCGUUGACUAAUUGAUAGCCAGGGGGUAUAACAGUUAAUUUCUAAAAUUAUAUAUUCCAUUGAUAUCUGCACUUUUUGUAAAUUUGAAAAAAAAGAGAACAAGCUCUUCAUACAUAAAAAAAACUUCAACAAGCUAAAGAUUUUUAGGGGUCUGGAGUGUCCCUUAAAGGGGAGGGAAGGGGUUUGACUUUCCUCUUCAGAUCCUAGUGAAAACUCCUGGGGGACAUUGAAGGCAUAUUAGAAAGAGAAUUAUUGUAUAGUUUGUCUUGGAAAAAUGUGUCUACUUCCAUUUCUGGUACAAGUUAGCCAAACAAAAUAUGAUCUUGUAGUGGCCAUAUGUCAGAACAACAUUUCAACCUUUCUAUUUAUUGAAUUUUGUUUUCCCACUCCCCCCCCCCGCCCCCCCAGUACAGAUAUAAACUGUAUCCUAGUAGAGAUUUGACAGGGGGGGGAGGGUGAAAAGAUAAGGAAUCUGGUCUGGGGGAGCUGUUGUGGGUUUCCAGAUUUCAUUCCAUAAAAGCACAUUGCACAUCGUAGGAUUCGAAGCUCCUGGCAGGAGAUAAACCAAGUCCCACUCACAACCUACUAGGAUCGUUGGAGACUGAUCGUUGGAGACAGAAAGCCAAGCUUAUAAGCUAAUGCUGCCAACCUCGAUUUUGUUGGCUUGUGGGGUUAUGGAUAAGCUUUAAUGGGGGAUAUGCCUUUUGGGGUUAAUAGAGAUGAAGGAUGAUAGGAAGGUCUUUGUUGAAGAAUAUCCUAGGACAAAGUAUUAAGGGUUGGAGAACAUUAUAGGAACUGUAAUUCUGAAAUAUCUUGGUUAUAGUUGGUUCUUCCAGUACAGAGAAUAGGAAUGUUCUUCUAAUAAUGGAGUACCUGUGAGGCUGAAAGAUGCAGGAGCUGCUGAGGGAAGGGCAGGCAUGCUGACUGAGCUCUUCAUAGCCCACUCGAUGCAUGUAGAGACUUCUGUUUUGGUCUGAGAUUGUUGGUCAUUUUAUUGCUAUAUUAGAAGCAAUCUAUGAAACAAAUGCAUUUAUUAACCAUUCCUAUGUCUCUCCAAUCCCCAGCCAACCUCCUGUAUCAGGAAUACAGUGAUGUGGCUCAAAACCAAGAAAUCCAGAGACAGAAACCUCAGGACUCUCCAUCAGAAGAAAAGGAUCCUGGAUCCCCCAGGCUGCGACGCCGUGCACUGUCUUCCCAAGACUCCUACCUACAGCGUCUGUCUGUGUCUUCGGCUGACUCACUCUGGCAGGACAUCCCUGUGAUACGGGGUAGCUCAACCUUACUUUCCAUGACCCGCGAUGAGCAGAAACUGCAAGAGGUAGAAAGCUCUCGACAUAUGUGUAAAGACAAGUUAUGGCUGCCCUGGCUAGUGUUGCCCAUAUUGCGCUCUACAGGGAGCAGGGGAGCCCGUAUUGCCGUCUUCUACAGGGAGGAGGGGAGCCCGUAUUCUACAGGGAGGAGGGGAGCCCGUAUUCUACAGGGAGGAGGGGAGCCCGUAUUCUACAGGGAGGAGGGGAGCCCGUAUUCUACAGGGAGGAGGGGAGCCCGUAUUCUACAGGGAGCAGAAAAGCUGGGGUUGUAAUAGGUGCACAUAGAACUCCACACAUACUUCCCUUGUUCGUUUUUUUUUGUUUGUUUGUUUUUUAACCCCAGUCUCGGCUGGUUUUGUCUUCUCUCCCUCAGGCGAAGUUUGAACUGAUCAUGUCGGAGGCGCUCUAUUUGCGCAGCCUGAACAUCGCUGUUGAUCACUUUCAGCGUAACCCAGAGCUGCAAGAGGUUCUCAGCGCUCAGGAUCGCCAGUGGCUGUUCUCUCGUCUUACUGAAGUGCGAGAAGCCAGUUCUGAGUGAGUUCCUAAACACAGUUUACUUUUAUUAUAAUUCGGAGCAAUUGAUCUCCAUGGAAACUAAUGCAAUGAGUCAGAUGAUCUCUUAUUGCCUGUUUUAGAAACAAACUCCCACCAUGCCUAGAUAUGAUCUUACAGACGUGAAAAUAUAAUUGUAAGCUUGUGGACUCUGAGUGAAACACAAUACUUGUCUGUUUGAGGGAGUAUAAAAGAAAGAAGAGGUUGGAUUGCUGUUAUUUAUAGUCCAUGCUGAGAGAUGAUUGGUUGGAUUGCUGUUAUUUAUAGUCCAUGCUGAGAGAUGAUUGGUUGGAUCGCUGUUAUUUAUAGUCUAUCCCAGUGGUUCCCAAACUUUUUAGGUUCAAGGCGUCCAUAAUAUUUCAAUAUUUUUCCAAGGCGCCCCAAGUCAAAACUAUUUUCUUGGUUAUAUAUAUAUAUAUAUAUAUAUCGCAGUGGCAUAUACUGGGCCCCUGUUCGACAGAAAUGCUUGCCGUUUAAGCGCAGAUCCAGAACCUAAUCUUGGGAGGGGCACUGGUAUAUUAUUUAAAGAAACAAUCCAGACACAAUAACCACUACAGCACUUUAUGGUGCCAGUACUGCAUGAACAGUAGUAUGUGUGUAUGGGGGGCAGUGUGUGUGUGUAUGGGGGAGUUAUUGUGUCUCUGUGGGGGCAGGAGGGCAAAUAAAUAUAUUAAAACCAUUUUUUUUAAAUUAAAAUAUAUAUCUAUAUAUUAUUAAUUUUAAUUUCCCCCCUCCCUGUUUACCUUUGCCUGGGAUGAAGGACAAUGCUAAUCCCUGGUGGUCUGGUGGGGAAGCCCUUGCGGUCCCAGUGGUGAGAGUGAACUCUAGCAGCCUCAGGAGCUGCUAGAGUUCACUCUCGCGAGAUUUAGAGCGUUGCCGUGGUAACAUUGGCAACGCUCCGAGCUCACGAGAUGAGAACCCGGCAGAGCUAUAGGUUAGAGCUCCCCGGGUCCUCACUGCCUCCCCCGGCUGCCAGCAUUACACUGCUAGCAGGCCGGUGACGGCAAGGCCGGCGGGUCCAUAAGUCGGCGCACCGGCCCUUGGGGCGCUAGAUCAGAGUGACUGGAAGGAGGUGGGCACACAGCGCUCCAUCCUGCCAGGCACUCUGUGUAGUGUGGCCGAGCGGAGCAGUGUGCACUGCGGUACAGGAACUUCCUGUCAGUCUGGCCGGGUACAGGAAACACAAGUUGCUGUACCGCGGUCUGCUCCACUCAGCCACGCUACAAUAAAGGGGACCGGGGGGGAGAGAGGGGCACUAAGGGACGGGUGAAGAGGUGGUAAGGAACACUAUGGGAUGGGCGUUGGUGGAAGAACACUAUAGGGAGGGGGGAAAAGAACACUAUGGGACAGGGGGAGGUGGGGGGCAAAGAACACUAUGGAGGCAGAAAGAGGAACAUUUUGGGGUUGCACUAAGAUACAAGGGAGGGAAGGAAAAAGGGAACACUGGUAAGGGGGGACCCACUAAAAUGGGGGCACAUGGGAAUGGGGGGGUACUAAGACAGGUAAGAGUGGGAGAGAAACAUGUGGACAUGGAGGAGAGAGGUACACGGGGGGGCUGAGUGGGGAGAAAUACACACAGAUGGGCCUGGGGGUGAGCGUUCACAGAGGGGCUGUGGAUGAAAGCGCCACACAGAAGGGCCUGGGUGUAGAAAUACAAAAGGGUCUGGGGGUGAAAGAGACAGAGGGGCUGGAGAAGAGGAAAAAGAGAUAUAGAGGGGCUGGUGGUAAAAGAGAAACACACAAAUAAGCUGGUAAAAGUAAAAGAGACAAAGGUGCUGGGAGAGGAGACACACAAUGGGGGGUUGUAAGAGAUAAACAAGGGAGGUGAUGAUACACAAUGGGGAAAAAUAGGGGAUAAGAUACACUAAAGGGGGCAAGACCUUUAAAAAAGGGGAUAAGAAACAAAAGGUGGGUUAAGGGGCAGAUGCUUUUGGGUGGGUGGGAUGUGUAGCCAAAAUCCUCUAAGCCUGUGUACCUAAAAAUCCUUGCACCAGCCCUGGGUGAGGGAGAUCUCUGAUCUCACCUCAGGUCCUGCAGAGUCAGCAGGGGAGAGGGAAACACAGUUCCCGGUGCUAUGAUCAUAAGAUCAUGGCACCGGGGAAAUAUCUCACGGCGUCCAUGUGUGCACACAGUUUGGGAACCGCUGGUCUAUGCUGAGAGAUGAUUGGUUGGAUUGCUGUUAUUUAUAGUCUGUGCUGAUAGAUGAUUGGUUGGAUCGCUGUUUUUUAUAGUUCAUGCUGAGAGAUUAUUGGUUGGAUUGCUUGCAUUUAUAGUCUAUGCCAGUGGUUCCCAAACUUUUUAGGUCCAAGACGCCCUUAAUAUUUAAAUAUAUUUUCAAGGCACUCCAAGCCAAAAUUUCUAGGUUGUAUAUCUGUACAGCACAGCGGGAUUUACUGGCGCUCUAUUGUAAUGUAUAGUGUUGGUGUUUGAAGGGGUGCCUGUAUAUAGUUCUAGUGUUUUAAUACAGGGGUGUGUUUGUUGUAAUGUUCACUUUUAAAUGCGGUUGUACAUUUGUGUGAAGUAUUUGUAUUUGAGUGAAUGGGUGUGUUUGUAUGUAAUAUUUGUAUUUAAUUGCAAGAGUGUGUUUGUAUGUUGUGCUGGUGACUGCUUGGAGACGCACACGCACGCACAUGCGCACACACCAUGUCCCAGAUACACACACUGACAUAAAAAUACACAUCUCAUUGACAGCCGCUAGAGGUGCUUGCGUGAUUCUCACUGUGAAAAUCACAGUGAGAAGACGCCAGCGUCCAGAGGAAAGCAUUGUAAAUGCUUUCCUAUGAACUGGCUGAAUUUGCGCAAAGCUCCUGCUGCGCAUGCGCAUUCAGCCGAUGAUGUCGUUAUGAAGGAGGAGAGGAGGAGGAGAGCUCCCCGCCUGGUGCUGGAGAAAGGUAAGAUUUUAACCCCUUCCUCUCCCCAGAGCCCGGCGGGAGGGGGACCCUGAGGGUGGGGGCACCCUCAGGGCACUAUAGUGCCAGGAAAAUGAGUAUGUUUGUUUUCCUGGCACUAUAGUGGUCCUUUUAAAUAUAUGUCCUGGUCCUGCUGCUGGUGGGAAUGAGAGGUCUGGAGCAGCUCCUGGAGUGCUCCUCUCCCCUCAUGCUGCGGCUGCCUCCUCUCUCUCCCGCCCUCUCUCCCUGCAUGACGCUGGGAAGAAUUGACAGGCUGUCACUUCCUCACUACAGGGGCCUGGUCGCAGUCUUAAAGGACCUCAGAACUCAACGGGGCCCAAUUUAGCAGUUAUGUUUCCCCGGUGCUAUAAUCAUAGCACCAGGAAAACAUUCCGCAGCACCCCUGUGUGCCCAUCGCAGCACCACAGGGCGCCGUGGCACACAGUUUGGGAACUGCUGGUCUAUGCUGAGAGAUGAUUGGUUGGAUUGCCUUUAUUUCUAGUCUAUGCUAAGAGAUGAUUGGUUGGAUUGCCUUUAUUUCUAAUCUAUGCUGAGAGGUGAUUGUUGUCACCAGCUGUACCUGUGCAUUCCUCCUCUUUGCAGCUAUUGAGAUUAAAAAAAAAAAAAAUUGCAAAUAGAUACUUUGUGGUAAAAUAAACAAUAGUUUGACAUUAAAGGAAUCCUAUAGUGCCCGGAAAACAAAGCCGUUUUACUGGCACUAUAGGAUUAAUAGGUCCCACCCUCUCGAAGGGCUUAAGGGGUUUUAACCCCUAAUUUAAUUCCCUGGUGGUCCGGUGGUGAUAUCCGGUCUGAAGCUCCGUAGUGUUGUGCAGAGCUGCAGACCAUGUAUAUUGCGAGACCCGGUCAGAGCGUUGCCAUGGUAACCUGUGGCAACGCUCUGAUUGGCCAGAUCUUGCCAGACACAUGGUCUGCAGCACUGCGGAGCUGUAGAUCAGCGGCCAAGGGUGCUCUCCAUCACUGCCUGGCAGCCAGUAGGGGCCUUGAACCCGGCGGCAUAUCGAGCAAGCCGCCGGGUCCCUUCCUGGUGUCAGGUCCUUGGUCACUGACCGAGGGCCCGACAGUCUGCCCUAAGGUUUAGGCGGCCGCGAGGCCUUUGGAUUCCGGAAGCCCUCUAGUGGCUGUCUGGUAGACAGCCACUGAGGGCAGACUUAGAGCUGCAAUGUAAACAUUCUAGUUUCUCUGGCACUAAGUGCAAAAGGGACACCACACCCAGACCACUUCAAUGAGCUGAAGUGGUCUGGGUGCCUACAGUGUCCCUUUAAAUAUGACUGUCCUUUCCUGUUAAAAAAAAGAAAGUAGAUUGUACCUAGUAGCCAUUAUAAAUGUUUUAUUCCGUACUGCCUUUUAAAUUAAGAUGUGGCUUUUAGACUUAUGUCUGUCCCCGCCUGUAUUUUUACCAGCUUCCUGUUUGACCUGGAAGAGGAAUUUGAGAGCGAUAUGUACAACUUCCAGGUGUGUAACGUGGUGAUAACCCAUGUUCCGAAUUUUCGCAAAGUCUACCUGCCAUACGUCACCAACCAGAGCUACCAGGAAACGACCUACCAGCGGUUGCUGUAAGGGACACUUCUCUUAUGGGUUUAUGGGCAAGGGUUGUGCUACUUGGAAUUUGUUACUGGAUUAUUGUAAUGUCAUCUGAUUUUAAAGGAAAACUGUCAUUUUUAUUCUAAAAAACAAAAGGUAAACAUGUUACUCCAAGAAUCCUAACACAGUCUGAUGUAGAACCUGCUGUCGUGAUUAUGGUGCAAGGGGUACUCUGGCCCGCUCCCUAUUUGUCAUCUUACCUAGGUCCCUGGUGGGCUCCCUGGCGACGAGCUCUGGCUUCUGCAGAAGCUUAUUUAGUUGCCGUUCAUUCGCUGAGCGUAUCAGUUGACCGUUCUCAGCCAGUGAAUGCUACACUAUGUAUUAGCCAGCCUGGAGCUCUUCCUAUGGACUGGUCAAUAAUGCCCCAAUAACACUACCUCUGUUUGAAUUACAACUCUAGCAGUGAAGAGGUUAAAUUCCGUAUGAAAUAUGCUGAAAUGCUGCACAUACAGACUCCGGCUACCAUGACCACUUCAAAUCACUGAAGUGUUUAUGGUGCUUGGAGUAACCCUUUAAAGGUAAAUACCAGAAGAGUGGCCAUGUUUAAGGUCUCUUUAGUUGACAAAUAUCCAAAUAAAGAUUGUGCACAACUUGGCAUCAGGAUGCGUGAGUGCACUCCAGGUUUGUGGAGCGAUUUUUUUUUUUUUUUUUUUUUUUUUUUUUUUUUUUUUUUUUUUUUUUUUUUUUUUUUUUUUCUGAUCAAGAAUUACACUGGAAAUGAUCUGUGUUGGGUUGUGAGACCGUUUAUAAAUACAGGCAUGAAUAAAUGGUGACUAAAUGUGUUUAUAGCAAGCAUAAACACAAUUAAAGGAAAAGAACCACAGGUUGUGGCAAAUUAAAAUUAUGAAAAAAAAAAAAAAAAGUCCAACCGGAUAAUGUCCACAAUUUUCAAUGUCCAAUAUUAUUCAGUAGCACUUUAAAUCUGCUUUAAUCCCAAUGUCAUGCGAUAUACUUAAUCCAGAAUUGCAUAUAUCCAUGAUACAACAGUGCAUAUGGUAGUAUGUUUCUCGAAGAGAAAAAUAAAAAACAAUAGUGUAAUACUGUAACACAGUGCUUAGGUGUAAAAGUGAUCUGUAUUACACUCACAAUGAAGGAGCUAGCCUCAUGAACUCAAUAUUCAAGCAGACAGAGGUAUAAAUCCCCAGCUACGGAUAUCUUGUGACUCUGCAGUCUUCAGUAUCAUGAAUACAUGUAAUAGAAGGAACAAAAACAAAUGGUGCUCUCCGUGUAAUUAAAAUGAGAUUGGAACAAUAAAAAGGCUGUACUGACAUUUGAUUGAGCAGUGGAAUCUGCUCAAAUUAAUCAGCAUUGGUGGUAUGACUCCCACCGAGAAUUAGAAGUUCUCCGACAAUAGUGUAGUUGUAAUGUAGUGUAGUUUAGUUUAGUUAUACACACGAAAAAGCCAAUUUGUAUGGUGAAACGCAUUGUGGAUAUUAUUGGAAACCAUUUUAUUGGUUAUUUAUUAAAGUAUUUUUGGUCUAUACAUCCUGGUUACUUGACCAUAUACUUUCUAGAUAAUCUUUAAGCUUUUUGUUCAUAAGUGUUUUGGUUUUCCUGUUCCUGGCACUACAACUUCAUUAUUGGCAGAGAACUUCUAAUCCUUGCAUUUCAGUUAUACGGAGAGCACUAUUUGUAGUCCUCAGUAUUGUGAAUACAUGCAAUAGAAGUCACAAAAUAUCAGUAGGUGGGGAUUUAUACCUCCAUCUGUUUGUAUAUUGAGCUUAUGACGAUAGCUCCUUCAUUGUGAGUGUAAUACAGGUCACUUUUACACCUGAGCACUGUUACAGUAUUACGCUAUUGUUUUUUUAUUUUUCUCUUCGAGAAACCUAGUACCACGUGCACUGAUGUACACACAGUUGACUGUUGCCUAUCAAGGAUAUUAUGCACUUCUGGAUAAAGUAUAUCGCAUGACAUUGGGAUUAAAGCAGAUUUAAAGUUCUACUGAAUAUUAUUGGACAUUGAAAAUUGUGGCCAUUUUUUUUUUUCUUCUAAUUUUCGUUUGGUGCAGCCUGUGGUUCUUUUUCUCUAGUUCUAGUUAAGUUUGAGAGAUGGCUAUUUUAUUGGGGCUUGAAUGAGACAUUUAAAGUAGAUGGUAAUUCGAUCUGUAAAAUUAAAUUGUAAUGUUUUAUAUCAGGAGCAGAAAUCCGCGGUUCCAGCAGGUUUUGUCAAGACUGGAGAGUCAUGCUGUUUGCCAGAGACUGAGCCUUAAAUCCUUUCUUAUUCUGCCUUUCCAGAGAAUAACGCGACUUCGACUCCUGCUGCAGGUUCCUCUUCCCACAUUCUGUUAUUCUCUCCAUUGCCUUUUACUGUCAUUAUUCACCCAGAUUUACCACUAUUCUCCUCUCUGCUUUUCCUUUCUACGAUUUGCUGCCGUAAGUCUCUGUCAUUCCUCUUCUGGAUUUUGCUGCCAUUGUAUUCUCCAGCACUCUUCCUCUGGAUUUGCUCUACUCUCUCAGUCCGGUUGUCUAAUGCAUUUGCUAUUAUUCUCGGCUUUUCCUUUUCCAGAUUUGCUGCUGUUCUUUUCUCCCAUGUGUUUUUUCCUCUGCAUUUGUUGCCAUUAUGUUACCCAGUGCAUUUCCUUUUCUAGAUUUGUUGCCAUUAUUUUACCCGGUGCAUUUCCUUUUCUAGAUUUGCUGUCAUUAUGUUACCCAGUGUCUUUCCUUUUCUAGAUUUGUUGCCAUUAUUUUACCCAGUGCAUUUCCUUUUCCAGAUUUGUUGCCAUUAUGUUACCCAGUGCAUUUCCUUUUCUAGAUUUGUUGCCAUUACUUUACCCUGUGCAUUUCCUUUUCUAGAUUUGCUGUCAUUAUGUUACCCAGUGCAUUUCCUUUUCUAGAUUUGUUGCCAUUAUGUUACCCAGUGCAUUUCCUUUUCUAGAUUUGUUGCCAUUAUUUUACCCUGUGCAUUUCCUUUUCUAGAUUUGCUGUCAUUAUGUUACCCAGUGUCUUUCCUUUUCUAGAUUUGUUGUCAUUAUUUUACCCAGUGCAUUUCCUUUUCCAGAUUUGUUGCCAUGUUACCCAGUGCAUUUCCUUUUCUAGAUUUGUUGCCAUUAUGUUACCCAGUGCAUUUCCUUUUUUCUAGAUUUGUUGCCAUUAUUUUACCCGGUACAUUUCCUUUUCUAGAUUUACUGCCAUUAUUUUGCCCAGUGCCUUUCCUUUUCUAGAUCUGCUGCCAUUACCCUACUCAGCCACCUUUCCUCUUGUAGAUUUGCUAGUCUUAUUCUCUCUGCCGCCUUUCUUUACCAGAAUUUGUGACUUGUUUUUCUGUCUGAUGUCCUUGCUAUUCUGUAUUUGCUUAGGAUUGGUUGUUUCCUGUAGCCCAAUAAAGGUUCUCUCUCAAUCCCUCUCUCCUUUCACAGAAUAUAUUGAAACGUUCUGCCCCUGGCUCUAACGAGGAGUUACAGGCCACAGAAGCUCACAAUGCUCUGGAAGAGGUGAGAAAACAAAUGACUUUGUAUAUCAUGGAGCAAAAAUAAAACGUUCGGACUUGUCUUGAGGGUUUGUGCAGGGAAGUAACUCCCGUGAGCGAGCACAUAGCAACAACAUUGUAGAGUGUUGUAUGAUAACUGUGCGAACUCUAAAUAUGCACCCUACAACAUAAAUAGUGCAACAAUGGACUAUUUAUUCUAACGUUAUUCCAUACAUUUGAUGUUCUGCAUAAAUUAAAUUUUUUUAGGCAUUUUUCUAAAAAUAGAGAACUUACAAUGGAAACCAUAUUCUUGGUGACGGAGCCACCUUUUUUACUUUAAAUACACAAAAAGAAGUCCUGCGCUCAAACUCCUACUACUCCUUCGGGGCAACAACGACCAUAGUACACAUCAGCCCUAAUACCUAUAAUAAAAAUACAAAGAAAAAAGUUACCUUUGCACUUCCCAAAUCCCUUACAUAUUUACACAAAUGGAGGUCAUUUAGUUUUCUUCAAUGGCCAUUAGAGGGAAUGUCCACCUGUCACGUCAAGGUACACUUCUCAGGUGGGUCCUACACUGACUAUUCACCUUGCUUCAUUGAGCUUCUGGCAAAGAGAUCUCUAAUGAGACAGAGAGGGAUUUUUUUUAUAAACCCCUACAUACUUAUUAACCCUUAAUAGGGAACACAUGGGGUGGGUGGCAGCAUUGUAACAUAGCUGUGUAAUCCAAAAGUGAAUACAAAUGCACAAAAAUAAGUACUGCGCCCAAACUCCCAUCACUCCUGGGCGGCAGCAAUGGCCAUACCACACAACAGCCCCACAUACAGUAAAAAUCAAAGAGACUUUGCCUCUUUUGUUUUAUGUACAUCAUCUUUAAUAAGGGUUAUUAUAUCCCAAAAUCCUCACCUUGUUAGCAGCAUAUGUUAUGAUGUUCUUGAUAUUAAAUAAUUUAUUCUACUCCUAUCAUGGAACGUGAUCAUUCUGAUCUGCGGAAGGAGGGCAGAAUUUAUAGAAAGGUCAAAUUUCUCUUAGGAUUCAAUGUCAUUUCUUAGGGUUCCCUUAAGUGAAAAAAGUACUGUAAGAUACACGUUGUCUGUACUUUGUAAGGGAACUGACCUGCAAAUUGUUUUUCUUCUUGUCUCACUAUUAUGGACCUUUUCAGCUUAUACGGGAUUGCAACCAGAGUGUUCAGAGGAUGAAGGACACAGAGGAUCUGAUACUGCUUAAUAAGAAGAUUCAGUUUGAAUGCAAGGUGCGCAACAGGCUGGAAAGGUUGGUGGGUGCAGGGGUUAGUUAAAGAUUCAAGUGGUCCCAUCUAUUGCAAACAAAAGGUUUUUUGGAAACCUGUAAAUAUAUUGUGUAAGCCUCCUGGAACUUAAAAGUUUCUCUUCCUUGAGAAAUAUGAGUUAUAGACCCAGUGUGGAAUAUUAUCUGCUAAAACAAAAAUGUUAGUUUUGAUGCCAUUCUGUUUUUCAGAUAUUUCCCCUCAUCUCCCAGUCUCGCCGGCUGGUAAAACACGGGGAGGUCUCUCUUUUGGAAAUCCAUGCUUUCUCAAUCAAAUGGAAGAUGACCGCCAGACCUGUCUACUUGCAUCUCUUUAAUGACUGUCUCAUGCUGUCUCGCUUGAGAGAGUGAGUCUGAAUCAUUGUAUUAGUCCAUUUGUAUGAUCCAACUCUCAAUGAACUCUUCUGUGAUUUCCAGUUGGUCUCUGAUUUUCUGAAUGCUUGCAUAAAAAACACCCUUUUUUCUUAUUCUUUGUAAAUAUAACGAAACUAAAUGUUCAUUGCCUAUGUUUGUGAGCCAAUACAAUCCAUUUAUAUUGCACUGUUUAUAUCCUUACCCUCGUAAAUAUUUUAGCCUUUUUUUUUUUUUAAUAAAAGGGGUAAAGUGCCAGUGGCAUUCUUUAAGUCUUGCUCUGUAUUCUUACUGGCUGCCACAGAUCCACCAUGGGUUCAGAAAAAAGGUCCCUGUCCUGAGGUUAGUCGCUGGUCCAUGUCUGGUUCUCCACUAUUUUUCUAAGACCUUUUUAGAUGUCUGGAACUGUACCACCAAUCUAUGAGGUGGUAGAGUAACAAUUACACCUUCCGUCAACAGUGAUUGUCGCCUCUCUUCUCUCUAGUAAUAGCCGUUUUGUGGUGUUUGAUCAUGCCCUGUCGUCGGAUAUUCGCGUGGAAAGGUGUGAGAUGAAAAUACACGGACCUCAGAAGAAUUCAUUCCGCAUCUUCCUAAAAGAAAAUGCUGCUGGGACUCGUGACACCACUUCCGUGGGACGAGAGAGUUCUGGAGAUGGCAAAGAGACUGAAUAUAUCUUCCGUACGGAAACCCAGUAAGGAAAUUCAAUUAUUAUGAUGAAACUGUAAUUACAAUCAGUGACAUAAAGAAAUGAUCUAUAUACAAACAAAUUUCCACAGCGUCACCGCAUGGUGUAUAGUGUGGUAAAACACGUAUCUUCUGAAUGUACAGCUUCCCCUAGGGAUAUGGGUCAAUCCAGCUAUAGGGAAAUAAAAGAUAACACAGUGCAACUCCGUAUGAUACUUUUAUCAUAGUAGUAUGUGCCAAAUGGGUCAUACUACUAUUAUAAAAGUAUCAUACGGAGUUGCACUAUGUUAUCUUUUAUUUCCCUAUAGUUGGAUUGACCUAUAUUUGUAUUUAUGUAUUUGUGGAAGAUUUGAGGAGAUCUUCGGGUUUAAAUCUACAACUUAGAGGGAAGUUAUUCAUAUUUUUCAUUCACUGAAGGCACUUGGUGUUUUAUACUAUAUUGGUGAAAUUCUAAUAUCACAGAGUGAUAUAGUGAAAGAGUUUGCAUUUUUUUCCCCUAGGGAUAUCCCAGAUAUUAUCCAAAAUUAGUAUGUCGCCUUAAAGGGACACAGCAUCGCCACGCCUGGGUGCAGUGUCUCUGUGCCCCUUAGUCCUGCAAUGUUAAUUAUUGCAGUUUUAGAGAAACUGCAAUGUUUACAGCUUCUAGAGGCACUACCUGCUUGCUAGGUUACUUUUGGUCGCCUGAAGUCAUCCAGAGUCCGAGAAAAUCCCAUAGGAAAGCCAUAGGAAAGCAUUGCAGCAAUUCUUUCCUAUGGGGAGAGCCUAACACUCACUAUGUGCAUGCACAUUAGCCACCCCCCAUCGGGUAACGUCCGAGGAGGCAGAGCGCCUAACCAGCGUUAAGGAAGAUCAGCAUUGGAUUCGGGUGAGUACAGUAAGGGUAUAUUCCAUAUCUCUUUCACCUCUGAUAGUAUUCAUUGGAAAGGACUCUGAGAUGUUCCAAAACAGGCAAGAAUUUAUUUGUAUAAAAUUAUUACAAAAAUAAGUGAGUGGUCCUACAUGUUUCGACCCGCAAAUGGGACUUCCUCAGAGGCCCAAAAGUAAAAGAACAUAAAACAAAUCAUAAAAGCCAAACCUUUUUUUUUUUUUUUUUGCUAUAUCUAAAUAAGGGGAUAAAGAUGCUAGUGAUUACCCCUGCCUCCACCCUUGGCCAGCGGAUUAGAGUUAUAAUUCUAAUAAAUGCGGCAGGUGGCAGCUACUAAUAAAUUAUAGAAGUAGGUGGACAUUCUAUUGUCCAGCCCACCAGGGUGACUAGGGGUCCUCAUGCCUCUAGCUACCCCCAAUGAAAAAAAACCUACCUACCGUUCUCACAUAUCAUAGUGAAGGGGCCCUACAAACUCCCCGUCCCCCCCAAAAAAUAACAAAACAAUAUGUGUGUGUGUGUGUGUGUGUGUGUGUGUGUGUGUGUGUGUGUAUGUAUGUAUGUGUAUAUAUAUGUGUGUGUGUGUGUGUGUGUGUGUAUAAUCUCACGCUGUUGACAUAUAAAGAAUAAAUAGACAUGUUAAAAUGCGUAGAAUAAUAUUUGAAUCCUGUCUGUAAUAAAAGGAAUUAUUUCCAAUGCUAUAGGAAAAUCUAGAAUUGUAUUUCGAACAGGGGACAUAUCUUAAAAUACGGCCUAGAUUGUAACAAGAUAAAAAAUAAUUUACCUGUAAAACUGACUGGGGAUGAUCAUGAGUGAUAUUUCAGUUAUCCAUCAUAACAUCCUUCAGGGUUUUUCUGAAUGGCAUUUAAAUUUUCUGCCUUUGACAUUCUCAUCAAAAGAAGCUAAAAAAAUGGUCUGUGGGAGAAAAACAAAACAAAAUAAAAAACUAAGAAUUCUCCAAAAAAAAAAAAAAAUUACAGAUGAAAAAUUUGUAAUACUUCAAAAUGUCCACUAGAUGGGGAAAGUAAAAGGGAAGACUGCCUAGUUUUUAAUAAAAUCUUAAUCUGCCCAUUUAAAGUCAUUCAAUUAAAAAUGGAGUUGAAAGGAAAUAAUAGCUUAAGAAAAUAUAAUGUGAGAUAUAAAAAAAAAAAAAAUUAUAUUUAUAAGCACUGGAACUAGGUAAAAAUUUUUUAAAAACACCGUAAUGAGCCUUCUGGACAAAAUUAAAAAAAAAAAAAAAUACAGAAAAAUACCUGAUUUUAUGUGAUCAAAGUUUGGUUUGCUCUGAUUGGACAGCUGAAAGCCGAUCGCUUGAAAACCAAACUAGAUGAUGAGGAAGCCUUAUACAUGUGUAGAGAGUUUGAUUGGUAAGACUGAUCAUGACACCAUCUUACUGGUUGGAAGUACCCCUAUAUGUCUGUAAAAACUGCCCCAAUCCAGGCCCAGAUUCCCCAAGUAUUUACAUUCCCUGUGCUUGCAAUGCUCUAUGUAUGCUGUGUGUGUGAGGUGUAUUUUCAGCCUCAUCUCGUUAUUCAGUAUUUAAAACAAAAAUACGUAUUUUAUUGCCCGUCGCCUGCUUAACUUUCAGGGAUGGGGUAAGAACUCGGUUGGACAGGUAGGGAUUCUUGUCAUUCAUCGCACACCAGAGGUUAUGAUUCAAUAAGCAGAGAUUGUGGUCUACACAUGUUGCAGCAGAUGUCUCCCACCAGUCUGGCAGAGAGUGAUCUGCCCUCAUUGCUACAGUGAACCAGUGCAGGGCCAGGCAGGUCGAUCUUUGAUACUGGGGCUGCAGGGUACCCCUUAAACGUAACCCUGGGAUAUAUGUACAUCGAGCUGAAAACCAGGGUCAGUCUGAAAAUAAAAUGUUGUGAAUCCUUUAUAUCUCACGUUAUAAAUAACAUAGAAAUGUCAGAGUAACACAACACACCGGUUUAAUUUAUUCACUAAAUAAUGAAUAAAAUUGUUAUAGUCCGUUUGGCUGUUUUGGUAUAAAUAUUGCAAUUCUUUUUUCAAUUUGAUGUACAAUACUAGUGGAGGUACCCACCCUGUGCUGUGUAUCGGUACAAUAUUAGGGGACCUUCUCGCCCUGUGCAGUGUAUCUGUACAGUACUAGUGGAGGUUCCCGCCCUGUGCUGUGUAUCGGUACAAUACUCGCUCUGGACAAUACUAGGGUAUAUUCUCACAACUUACACUAAAUAUGAGAGUGGCUAGUACUAUAAACAUUAGCUUUGCCCUCUUCAAACAGUUGUACUGCAUGCUGGUGGUUUAUAAUUUGGUCAUUUUUCUAUCUUCAAUGCUUAAGUAUAAAUAGAUUUUAUGGUCAGUGAUGGGAGCUAGGGGUUUGAUUCCCAUAGAAUGAGGUCCAAUAGAAACAAUUCAACAUGGCACCUGGCAAAAUAUAGAAACCACUCUUAUUGAACAAAUAUACCCAUUUUACGUGUUACCAUGUAUUUUACUUGAGUUUUAACAAUGACUGACAUAUGUUCUCUCUCAGGAGCCAGAAACUGAGGUGGGUCAUGGCUCUCUCGCCCCCAAAGGAGGAGACAGACGUUCUAAAGUAUCAUGGUGAGUGGGAUCGAGGCACAACAACUGGUAUUGCUCCAUUCCAGAAAACUAGUUUAAUUAAUUAGGAAAUGUUCCCUUCAAAAGCUGUGAGGGCAGAGGACUGUUCUCUCCUUCUACUGUUAUGUGCACAUUGGAAUAUUCUCUCCCUCCUCCUCCUAUAGUGAGGAUACAUUGGAAUAUUCUCUCCCUCCUCCUCCUAUAGUGAGGAUACACGGGAAUAUUCUCUCCCUCCUCCUCCUAUAGUGAGGAUACACGGGAAUAUUCUCUCCCUCCUCCUCCUAUAGUGAGGAUACACGGGAAUAUUCUCUCCCUCCUCCUCCUAUAGUGAGGAUACACGGGAAUAUUCUCUCCCUCCUCCUCCUAUAGUGAGGAUACACCGGAAUAUUCUCUCCCUCCUCCUCCUAUAGUGAGGAUACACGGGAAUAUUCUCUCCCUCCUCCUCCUAUAGUGAGGAUACAUUGGAAUAUUCUCUCCCUCCUCCUCCUAUAGUGAGGAUACACGGGAAUAUUCUCUCCCUCCUCCUCCUAUAGUGAGGAUACACGGGAAUAUUCUCUCCCUCCUCCUCCUAUAGUGAGGAUACACGGGAAUAUUCUCUCCCUCCUCCUCCUAUAAUGAGGAUACAUGGGAAUAUUCUCUCCCUCCUCCUCCUCCUAUAGUGAGGAUACAUGGGAAUAUUAUCUCCCUCCUCCUCCUAUAGUGAGGAUACACAGGAAUAUUCUCUCCCUCCUCCUCCUCCUAUAGUGAGGAUACACGGGAAUAUUCUCUCCCUCCUCCUCCUAUAGUGAGGAUACACGGGAAUAUUCUCUCCCACCUCCUAUAGUGAGGAUACACGGGAAUAUUCUCUCCCUCCUCCUAUAGUGAGGAUACACCGGAAUAUUCUCUCCCUGCUCCUCCUAUAGUGAGGAUACACGGGAAUAUUCUCUCCCUCCUCCUCCUAUAGUGAGGAUACACGGGAAUAUUAUCUCCCUCCUCCUCCUAUAGUGAGGAUACACGGGAAUAUUCUCUCCCUACUCCUAUAGUGAGGGUACACGGGAAUAUUCUCUCCCUCCUCCUCCUAUAGUGAGGAUACACGGGAAUAUUCUCUCCCUCCUCCUCCUAUAGUGAGGAUAUACGGGAAUAUUCUCUACCUCCUCCUCCUAUAGUGAGGAUACACGGGAAUAUUCUCUCCCUACUCCUAUAGUGAGGAUACACUGGAAUAUUCUCUCCCUCCUCCUCCUAUAGUGAGGAUACACAGGAAUAUUCUCUCCCUCCUCCUCCUAUAGUGAGGAUACACGGGAAUAUUCUCUCCCACCUCCUAUAGUGAGGAUACACGGGAAUAUUCUCUCCCUCCUCCUCCUAUAGUGAGGAUACACGGGAAUAUUCUCUCCCUCCUCCUAUAGUGAGGAUAUACGGGAAUAUUCUCUCCCACCUCCUAUAGUGAGGAUACACGGGAAUAUUCUCUCCCUCCUCCUCCUAUAGUGAGGAUACAUGGGAAUAUUCUCUCCCUCCUCCUCCUAUAGUGAGGAUACACAGGAAUAUUCUCUCCCUCCUCCUCCUAUAGUGAGGAUACACGGGAAUAUUCUCUCCCUCCUCCUAUAGUGAGGAUACACGGGAAUAUUCUCUCCCUCCUCCUCCUAUAGUGAGGAUACACGGGAAUAUUCUCUCCCUCCUCCUAUAGUGAGGAUACACGGGAAUAUUCUCUCCCUGCUCCUCCUAUAGUGAGGAUACAUAGUUAUUCUCCUUCCUCUUAUGUUCCACAAUAACAUUUGUCAUUCAGUAUAUUUUAGAACAGUAGUUCUGUGGAAUAAUCUCCCACCCUCUAUUACUGGGUAGAAUAGUAAUAUUUUUGUGUUCUAGGCCUUUCACAGAUGCAGUGUUUAAAAUCCUACAAAGCAAGAGAAAAUGAUGAGCUUUCACUGGAGAAAGCGGAUGUUAUUUUGGUGACGCAGGAAUGCGAGGACGGUAAGUCUCUGCACUGAUUUUUACCGAAAUUAAUAGAAAAAGUAGGACGAGAGUGAAGGUUCUGCAGACCCUUAAAAUAAAAUGUUAAUUUCCCUCCUCCCCCAAAUUGUAAUAAAACCAGUUUGUCUCAAACCAUCUCAGUUCUGUGUAAUUUUUUUUUAUUUUAUUUUUUGUGUUUUUUUUUUUUUUUUAACUGGAAUAAGUGACUGCAGUUAUUUAAGUUUUCACUAGGAAACUGUAGAUGUAGAAUCCUGUAAACUGGUAAAAUACUCUUCCCUUCCCAAUUAAUUCCCAAUAGUUUAAAUAUAGAGAUAAGUAACACAAUAUUUAAAGCGGCACUGUCCCUCACUCAGGAUCUGUUCUUCAGGUUUCCUACGCCUUCUAUCUAUGACCAGUGGAGGAGCAAAGUAUGAUUCGUUUCCUGUGGUCAAAGACAUUUUCCCACAAUUCUCACCUUUCCUCCAUGUUCUCACGAUGUCUCCUUUCCGUAUUCCCGAACGCUGGCAAAACUACCGAAUUUCGCCCUAACAGAAUAAGAGCAGUUCGUCCAUUUGUGUUGGGAUGAAAUUCAGGACUUUUGUUCGAUUUGAAACUUAAUCAGGGCGCUAUCUACCAAAAGACUGAAAGACCAAGAUGGUCUUUUAGCCAACUUUACUAAUACCAAGUAAAAAUUACUUGGUAUUAGUAAUUAAUCUGCCCCUACUCGCUAUAUCGCGAGUAGGGACAUGUCUAGUAAAUCGUGAGCAGCCUGUGGGUGGGGGUGCUAAAUGUGAAAAUAUCCCCCCCAGGUAACUAAGGGUUCCCAAACCCCUAGUCACCCCCCCACCUAAAUAAGAUAAAGUACUACCUACCCCCCUCACCCUAAAAUAGUGUAGGGGGAGUCCAUAAAUCUAAAUCCCUGUAAAUAAAUAAAUUAACAUACUUAUUUGAUGUUGUCUUUUUUUUUUUUCUACAUCCUUUUUUUAUUUUAUUUUUUUAGCCCCAAAAAAGGCCAAAUAAACCACCACAAUACCCGAAUAAAAAAAAAAAGCGCAAAAAAAAUUAAUCCUCCUUCAUCCAGCGAGGACAUGGCGCAGACUGAGCUCCGCAGGGUGCUCAGAGCACUCGGAUUGGUUUAAGCCAACUAAUCACAGUGCUCUGACAGGUAAAUGAAGGUAAGUCUAUACGUUUACCUGUCACAGCAAUCUGAUUGGUUGGCUUGGAAUCCAACCAAUCAGAGUGCUGAGUCAUUUUACACAGCGUGGGAAAGUUCUUUUGAAUUUUCCCAUGCUGUGUAAUUUGACUCAUAACCCUCUGAUUGGCUGCUUUCAAAAAAGCCCCCACCUGUUCAAAUGCCCAAGUGUUUAACUGGGCAUACGCGGGAAAUUCACAGCGCUAUCUAGUGUGGAAAGAUGACAUGUCCCACAGGGACUUCAUCUGCCCACACAAAGAUGGUGGCGCCCAGGACCUAGGUCCAGGCAGAAAAUAGAGAUAAAAAAAUAGGUAAAAUGGGGGGCCUAAGGGCAUUUGUUGUGACUAGGGGAUCAAUUAGAUUUAGUGGAGUCGGGAGAGGGGUUUAGAAGAAAAAAAAAAAGCUGGAUUCGGCCAUGACCGUGCCACUUUAACAAAGGUGUUUGAAAAAUAAAAUGGAGGAUUCCAGUUAAUGCUAUAAGCCCCACCCAUUGCAACUGGGAUACAGCAUUCAGAAAAGGGAGAAAUUAAAUCAUCUUCCUCUCCUAAAUCUGCAUUGUGUGCCCUGGCUGUGCCUUGUCUGACCUGGAUUGUGAAAUGAUUUGUUUAAUUUUUAAUAUACAUUGUGUCUGUCUUGUGCCCCAGGAUGGCUUCACGGCGUACGUCUCUCAGACAUGCAGUCUGGAUGGUUUCCUCGUUCCCACGUCCAGCCCAUCAGCCGUAAUGCAUGUCUCCGGAAUCUGCAAGAAGAACAGAGGCUUCAGACGGCACGGGCCAAACUGCAGCCAUCUGGCACAAAGUGAUUAUGGUAGACAUUUCAACAGACCUGCUGCAAGAAGAACAGAGGCUUCAGACGGCACGGGCCAAACUGCAGCCAUCUGGCACAAAGUGAUUAUGGUAGACAUUUCAACAGACCUGCUGCCUAAUGUGUGUCUCCAUCUUCCUCCCAUAGGUACCACUGUGUCCCUGUUAUUAUAAGUCCUUUACCUCUCGUGCCUUUCUGCUGUUCCGAUAUGAUGAUUUAAGAUAUUCUUAACUGGAUUGUACAUUUUACAUCUGUUCUAUGAAGAACUACUCUAAGCUCAAACAGCGAUUAUGUAUUUAUAUUUUAAUAAAAAUCAGACUUUACAUACCUUCUGUCAAUGUAUGCUGCAGAUCUUGUGGGUAAUCUGCUGUUUUGGAAUGUAGGCUGAAAACUUACUAAAUUCAACUUUAUUUA